AUGCUGCGCACAGACCAGCUGUGCACAGACCAGCGUGCACAGCCUCCCCUGAACUUCCCCUCUAGUUUAGCACGGCCUUUUGUAGCACACGCACCUCUCCUUCCUUCCCCCAUCGUGGCUGCGUGUCAAGGCCUUGUUCAUGCCUUUGACUCCAAGGACCUCAUUGACGUCUACAUCACUGAUGGUCCUUCCGCUCUCAUCUUCGCCUGUGAACAACAGCCGUGCCCUAAUCGCACGCCUCGAUCAGUUGAGCAAGAUUACGAGCGAUACAAGGCCAUCAGAAGGGCUCAACAUCCCCUUGGCCCCCGCAGCACCCAUGCCUCUCGAUCCGCGUCCCGGCACUCCUGCGCUGUCUCUCCCAGCUCUCACCUCCCCCAAACUGUCGUCAGUACAAGUCAAGCAGGAGGAAAUCCCAAUCUCCCUGCAGACCCUGCGUCAGAGCCAGAGUCUGAAGAGAGUGCGAGUGAAGAAGAAGUCUCAGAGCCCGAGCCUACACUUCACGGUCAGGCUGCAUCACCGGACAUGCUCCCCUCCGCACCUCCAAUCCCUGUCAUAUGUGACACCACCCCCGGGCUUCCUCUGGCGCCUGAACCACCAUUGCCGCUGUGA